AAAAACAACCAUGAAUGUCUCAAAAACGGACGAAAUCAAAAUGGACAAUGCCACCUUGGCCCUGUUUGACAACAAAUUGGCCAGUGAUAUUGUGUCAGCCAUCUAUGUCAUCGUGACCCUUGCCAACCUGAGCGGUAACGGCAUCUCUCUGUUUCUGUUACUGAUGCGCACCUCUCCGAAAACCCCCUCCAUCAUCUUCAUGAUCAACCUCACCCUGACUGACUUGAUACUGGGCACUGUGCUCCCCUUUCAGAUUGCCUACCAAAUGCAGGGUUACAACUGGACUUUGGGUACGGGCACGUGCAAUGUACUGACGGUGGUUUUCUACAGCAACAUGUACUGCUCCAUUUUAUCCAUGACUGCCAUCAGCGCCGACCGCUACGUGGGGAUUGUGAAACCGAUGCGCUUCAGAGAGAUGAGGAAGAGGAAAACAUAUGCAAUUGUUGCCUGUAUAUUCAUAUGGCUGCUAGUCCUUGUGAUUCUGAGCCCGCUGCAAAAAACAGACUUGACAUAUUUUGUAAAGGAGCGCAAUAUCACCACGUGUUUUGACGUGUUGAGGAAGGACAUACUCCCGAGCACUGCUCACUGGGCGGGCUUCAUUUUUGGCAUGUUCAUCAUCCUCUUCCUCUGUCCGUUCAUCAUAACAGUGUUUUGCUACAUUAACAUCAUCUGCGUCCUGGUCAGAAAGACCAAUAGUCAACAGAAAGGCCGUGCUGUGCGGUUGGCGUGCAUCGUUCUGUUUGUGUACAUUUUUUGUUUCGCUCCCAAUAAUAUAUUACUAUUGGCCCACGCAAUCAUAAGGCUGUACUAUGACCAAUCUCUCUAUAUCUACUAUAAACUCUCCCUGUCUCUUAGCUGCAUUAAUAGUUGCAUAGAUCCAUUUAUUUAUUAUUUUGCAUCGAAAGAGUUUCGUCGGAAGCUAAGGCAAAUGCUGAGGUGGCAUACUCUCAGCACGGGAGAGAUGCAAAUGAUUGAGGGUCGUAGAGAAAGCUUUUUCUCUGGACGUACAACGUGCAAUGCAAAUGAGGACUGUGACAAUUUUUAACAUUUCUUUUUAUUUUGAGAAGAUAUUAGGGGAAUUGUCAGAAUCAGCGGCCAUAUGAGCACUGUUAAAUGAGUCAGAGCACAAGUGCUAACAACCACGGCUCUGACACAAUUCAUAUUGCUUAUAAUAAUAUAAUGCAAACUCAUAGGAAGGACCACUUCCCAUAGAUAGUUUUCUUGUUAUCGUUUUGUAGCGUUUAGCUUUUGUUCCGUUUUGAUUUCCUGGCUGAGCAACUGAGUACAAGCAUGCUGCUCACAUGCAUUCAGAGCGCGUGAUGUUGUGUAUCUUGUUUUUUUUUUUUUUGGUAUCAUACACCCAAGUUCCUUCUCACCGAAACGUUGACAUAUUUUUUGUACAUUGAUGUGUGGUUAGCAGCAACUUCAGUAAUUUCUGAUCUGACUGAAAAACUACAAAGACUUAUUGUGGCAGCUAUUUUAGAUGUAUUGCUAAUC